AUGCGGAAAAUCCUCCCGUCUCACUUCCGAAGACGGAAGGGCGCCGAGGAGCUUACUUCGGAUGCGUCAUCCGCUGCCACCCCAUCUGCGUCAAAUAAGUCGUUUCCUUCGGGUAUCAAGCCACUAUAUACCCCUAAUGAUGCUGUCGUGGAUAUUGUCUUCAUCCACGGUUUAACUGGGGACCGCGAAAGGACCUGGACUGCGCACGAUGCCGAUGAACCCUGGCCCAAGACCCUUCUUCCAUCCCAACUCCCGAAGGCGCGUACGCUUACCUACGGAUACGAUGCGUAUGUGACGAACUGGACCGGCGUAGUGGCUCAAAGCCGAGUACACAACCAUGCUUGGGGCCUUCUCACGUCGUUGGCAACCUAUCGGGAACAGGACGAUAGUGCCCUGACCCUAUCGAGUCAAAAGUCAGAGGAUCGUUUUCGGAAGAUCCUCCACUUAACCCUCGGAAUCGCCUUCUUAGGCACACCCCACCAAGGAGCUGGACUCGCGAUAUGGGCCGAGAUGAUUUCGAGAGCGUUAGGCAUCAUCAAGAAGACGAACACGAAGAUCGUGGCCGUGUUGAAACAGGACUCCGAGGUCCUCGCGCGCAUUCAGGACGGGUUCCACACCAUCGUUCAUGAGCGUAGCAAGCAAGGGAAGCCCAUCGAGAUUACUUGCUUCUUCGAGGAGCUCCCCUACCGGGCAUCGGGCCGUAACCACAUGGAUAUCGCGAGGUUUAGCAGCUCCGAUGACACGGGAUUCCAGGCCAUCUGUGGAGAACUACGCGCAUGGACCAAGGGAAUCGCAACUUCCACGGUUGUCCAACGGGGCAACGAUCCAGCAGUCGAACCCAACCAGAUCCCAACGGAUGUUCCAUGCAAUCGUAACCCCGAUUUUGUCGGACGGACGGAAAUCCUGGAACAGCUCCGACAGCAGCUUGGCCAUGAACGGGAUCAAACACGCGGGAAAUGGCAUCUAAGGGCCGCAAUCCACGGGCUCGGAGGCAUAGGCAAAACCCAGAUCGCCCUCGAAUACGUCUACCGUCUACAGGAAGCUCUCCCAGCGAUAUCGAUAUUUUGGGUUCAUGCUAGCAACGUUGAGCGGUUUCAGCAAUCAUACGCGGAGAUUGCAAAGAGGUGCCAGAUCCCAGGCUACGAUGAUCCGAAGGCGAAUCUCCUCCAACUGGUGAAAGAGUGGUUGAGCAGGAAGGAGUGCGGUCACUGGUUCAUGGUGGUCGAUAACGCAGACGACACGCACCUCUUCUUUGCCAACAGAAGCGCAGAGCGCGAGGGCGAAGGCGAGGGCGAGAACGAGGGCGAAAAGUCCAACCACGGCGGGAAUCUUGGGCGGUAUCUGCCUGAAUGUUGCCAUGGAUCCAUUUUGAUCACCACGAGAAACAAGGAAGCGGGUUCGAGGUUACGAAAAGGCAAAUAUCCAACCGAGAUCGGCGGGAUGGAGAUAGAACACGCAACCCGACUCCUCCAAACAAAAUUUGAAGGCGCCGACUUUGACCUGGACAGCCUUCCAAGCCUUAUUCUCAGGUUAGAGGGUCUGCCCCUCGCCCUUGUUCAGGCCGCGGCCUAUAUCCUGGAGAAGUCCAUAACCGUCGACGAAUACUUGGCACUCUUGGGAGAAUGUGACCAGACCAUGAUUGAUUGUUUAAGCGAAGAGUUUGAAACCGACGCGAGGGACGAGGAGACGCCGCGCGCGGUGGCGGAGACGUGGAUUCUCUCCUUCGAGCAAAUCCGGCAUCGUAAUAUCCUCGCGGCAGAUCUCCUCUCGCUGAUGAGUUUCUUUGAUAGGCAGGCGAUUCCCAAGGAGUUCCUAGCCUCAUAUUCUCAGCAACUAAGGGAAGAGGCAGUAACAGAAAAACAGUUGACCGAUGCGCUCGGACUACUCCGAGCAUUCUCCUUCAUCACGCAGGACACAGGGCAUGGAAGAUGGGAUGAGGCUGAAGUCAUGGCGCAACAGGUGAUGGAUAUUUACAAGGCGAAGUUUGGCCAAGAUCAUCCGUAUACGCUCUACAGUAUGUCCGAGCUGGUGGCAAUAUACCACAGCCAGAGUAGAUGGGAUGAAGCCGAACAGCUGGGGCUUCAAAUGGUCAAAGGAGGCAAGGCUGAGUUUGGAGAAGAUCACUGGUUUACGCUAAACGGUAUGGGCGGCGUAGCAGCCAUAUAUCAAGAGCAAGGAAGAUGGAAAGAGGCCCAAGAGUUGGCGGAAUACGUACUAGGGAUCCUCGAAGCUAAGCUUGGCGAAGACCAUCCUUUCACACUCAAUAGCAUGGGGAGCUUAGGUGCGAUAUAUUGGGGUCAGGGUCGAUUUGCUGAGGCGGAGGCGCUAGAGCUCCGGACUUUGGAAAUUCGCAAAGUCAAGUUUGGGGAAGACCACCCGGAUACACUUUCCAACAUGCUUAACCUGGCAUAUACGUGGAAGUCUCAGGGGCGACUACCUGAAGCUCUCGAGCUCAUGAAGGCUUGCGCUAUCUCGCGCCAGCGCGUGCUAGGCCCAGACCAUCCCGACACCCGCGCUGUCGUGGCUGCCUUGGCGGGUUGGCCUUCCCAGAACGCCGGGUCUGGAUGA